AUGAUAGAACUUAAACAAAUUCAUCUUUAUUCAAAACUCAAACAAGAUCAAUUUUGGUUCGAUCAUAAAUGGUUUGUUGGAAUGCAUAAAAAUUAUUUCUAUAUAUUACCAUUUGCUUUUAAUAAACUUUAUGGUUUUAGUAACUUUGAUGAGAUUCAAUCAAAUCAUGAUGAUAUUCUAAAUUCUUAUGGAAUAUGGUAUAUUUAUAUCAAGUGA